CUAAAAAAUUACAACAGUCAGCCAAAAAGAAAUAGCGUAAUUAGUCCACUGAAUUCAUUAUAAUUUAUAAAUUAGUUAUAACUGUGUUAUUUAAGAAUAAAAAUGUAUAGUGGAAUAUUUAUAUUUGUAUUUUUAAGUCAAUUGUCUUUCGGAUUUUUAACGACGAUGUCUUCUGAAAAAAAAGAAUAUAUAACAUAUCUAAAUAAUGUAGUCAAAUACAUAUGUAGUCAAAAAGGAUGGAAUCAUCUGGAAUUGAAAUUGUGUUUAAUCGAUGGUAUACCUGUUGAUGAAGUAUUGGAAAGUGCUAGCAGUUCAAAUCUUUUAGAUGUAUCAACUUUAAUGAUUAUUUUACUGAAUAAUGUGUAUGUUGAAGUAAUAAGAUCGUUCUUGGAGUUUCUUAGUUUAACUAUAAGCGAGUGUGAAAAGUAUUCUGACGAUAAUUUAUUUAAAGAACUGAUUGAUUGUACUGAAUUACUCGAGAAUGGUGUAAAAAAAUCUACAAUUUUAUUUGACAAAUUAUAUAAAGCAACGACGUUUAUCAGUUAUUUAGAUAUAAAAUAUGCAUUUUCUAAAAUACAAGGCAACCCUUUUGUAGUAGUUGAUGAAAUAUAUUUUGUCAAACAAUUCGUAAGUUCCAUAAUAUUAACAGAUUGGUCAUGUUAUAAAACCCAAAAUGGAUAUUUUGACAAAAAUACAGCAGUAACAAUUAUAUCCAAUAUUAAAAAUUUUACAAAUAAGGUAUAUGAUAUGUUAUUCAACAUUAAAGAGGGAAAAAAGAUUUUAAUAAAUAUUUCCUACCGAAUAAAUAUUAAACAAAUGAUUGAUAUGGAAUACAAAACCUGUAAAAAUAAAUACUCGAGUUAUAAUGACUUUAUUUUACACGAAGUCGAUACAGUUUAUGAUCAUAUUGCAAGAAAUGAGUUUGAUAAAUUUGGCUUUAAUGAAUUACUUUCUCCUGUAAUAAAUGACUUUCCAACAUUGGCACCACCAAAAGAUGAUCCAUUUGUUUCAGGACUUAGAAUAGCAGCUGUAAAGAAUCUUAUGGAAGUGAUUAAUUGGGAUUCGUUGAAUGGUAUAUCAAUACAGGAACCUUAUCAAACAAUUAGUUUGAACCGUGUACUCAGAGAUCCGGUUGAUUAUUAUAAUAUUAUUUUAAAAAAAAAAUACAUUUUAAGUUUCAUCAAGUGUUGGUUUUUUAAAAUAUUAACAAAAUAUUUUUCAUAUUUAUCUGCAUUUAUACAAUUAUUUAAUGAAGAGAAGAAUGAUUUAGAGACUAUUAUAAAAAAAAAUAUGUAUAUUAAAUCAGUACUUCAAUUGUAUAAUACUUUAAAAAGCAAUCUGGAAUUUUUUAAUAAUAUAAAUUUAGCAUUGAUGAUUUUAAAGAAAUCAUCGAUUUGGUACCAAAAUCACACAGCUUUAUUUUUAUCACCCAUACAAAAAUUUAUAGAUGAUUUCAUUAGUUCUAUGAAUGAUAAAAAUUUAUUACGUGAUAAUUUUUUUAACAAUGAAGAUUGUGAUAAGUUAAUAAUAGCAAAGUCAUAUCUAACAGAUAUAAUAAAUAUCAAAAAUCAUUUGUAUAUUAAGUUACAUGAUAUGAAAAGAAAAACAAAAAAACGAUGUAUUUUUGACACAAAUUCCAUUCUUAAUAUUAAAUAUAUUAAAAACAACAUGAAGGAAAAUGCUAUUGAAUAUAACAUUACUACAGUUAACAACCCAAUCACUAGCAGUCAACAGUGUUGUGAGGAAUUGUACAUUUUUUGUGAAAAUUUUAACAACGUUGAACUUAAAAAUCUUUGUUUUGAUAAAAUUUAUUAAAAUAUUUUUUAUGUUUUAAAAACUAUUUAUGGCAUAUUUUAAAUUUUCAUAAUUUUCACUUCUAAAUUCAUUGUUAAGUUAUUAUUUAAAAAAUACAUGUAAAGUUGGAUUAUUUUAUUUUUAUUUGAGUAAUAAUGGUCCAUAUGUAGCUAAAAUUUUUCAUUAUUGUUGA